GUCCCCCGUUCAUCCUCAAUUGCCCUUCAACUUCGCACUUUUACUCAGGAAAAUGUUGCAUCAUGCCUGCGACGAGGGUCAGUGGUGUGGAUCCUUGCCACAGCAUCACUCCGUCCCUUUUUCGCUGCCGAAUACCGUUCUCGCUUCCACCGACGCCACCGAUGCCACCGACGCCAAAGAGCGCACUUGCGAGGCCGCCAAGAGGAGUCGUAUCAUCUCAAGCGCUGUAUGGAAACGUGUAGAAGGCCACCCCGCAUGGACUGCGGGAUACGACUGUGGUGCGGAGACGACGCUCGAGCUUCCUAUCAACUCUGCCGGACUGUGCUUUCUCGCUGAGGGGUCGAAGCACCGCGGACAUGUUAUCGUGGCGUAUAACGACGACGACCGCGGCCAGACCCAAAGUGUGCGAGUGCAAGUGCGCGCUGCAUACAUAGAUCCGGCAGAUCUCUGUGCCACCCAGGUUGGCGUGAUACAAAGAUCCGACGGGACCAAUGGUGUUCUGAUUUCGACACCCAAACUUUCCGGAUUCAUUCCCAAUGAAGACCUUGUCCUGUUCAAAGUGACAGUUUGGCUACCUGCAUGUGGUCCGUCAGGCUGGCUCCGGCCCGCAUCUGUUCUAUCGUUCGAUAAGCUUGAGAUGGACAUUCCCGGCUUCAGCUUGGCCACACAGGCCCUCGAAGAGAAGGUUCUCUUCGGUGAUGUGUUAGUAAAGAAUGUAUUCGGUAGAGCGGAUGUUAAGUCACUACGGUGUAAGACCGGGUCGUUCAACGCCAUAUUCGCGUCAAUCAACGGUCGCUUCCAUGCCACCGAGUCUCUGUCCCUCGAGACGCAGAAAGGGAAUAUAUCCGCUGACAUACAGCUUGAAGGCGAUAAUGCCACAGCAAUAGUCAGUAUUGGUGAAGGGUCCGUCAAAGCGCGCGUUGGAUCCCACGCUCAGUCCAGACCUGGAAAGUUUGAAGUUAAAACAGACCCGACCAAGGACGCCGUCAAAGUCAUAGUGCGGAAGCUGGCUGUGAGAACUAGGCUCAAUUCCGACGCAAAGAGAGCAUAUGGUCACUCGCACGUUCAAGACCUUCAUACAUAUUUUCAAGGGACAUGUGACGCUCAGACGAAGGAUGACGUGGUCACAGUCACUGAAGCUCUUGAAAAGGGCCCCAUUGGCCCUGACAAGGACAUAGGCGUUCCAGAGGACUCGGCGUACAUUUUUUUGGACGAAGCGCGCCAAAACAUUUGGAAUGUGGUCGUGUCUACGGUGAAAGGAAAUGUUACGCUAACACGCGGAGACAAAAUCGGUUCAAACGUCCAUCCUCCCACCGUCGUGCAGGAUGGCACAGCCCCUCGACUGCAUCCGCGAAACGAGCAUCCUCAAGAGAAAAGUCCUGCGUACACGGAGUCGAUGAUCAGCUCUUCGGCCACGUUCACGUCCGCAGUAUAUCGCUAUUCUGCUAAGGCUGCGUACAUUCCUCACACCCCCUCGCCUACACGCCCGUCGCCUCUGCCAUUUACUUUCCUGGAGCUUCCAACUAUAUCCGAGGAUACUCGUAAGAAGUAUAGAACCUCGCGCAUCUGGAUCCAAAAGAUGUUCAACAAGAUUGCUGGAUAUAUUCCUUACAAGAAGCGCGUUGAAACCAUCAGGGACUCGGAGAAGCCAUUGCCCGUUGGUGGCAUAAAGUAUCUUACAAAGCAGUAG